AUGUCGGCCGGAGGCGUCGGCACCCCCAAAUCCCUGCCCUCCUCUGGGCCCAAGUCCCUGCAGGACAUGCCGCACCCUCUGGCCGGCCCGAGCAGCGAGGAUGUAGCUGGCGGUGAGCUCACCCCGAGCCCGGACCUGCAGCUGCCCUGCAGCGUCGCCGACAAGGACCUCAGUUUGCCUAAUGGUGGAACUCCGGCAGGCACUUCCAGCCCAGCCUCUUCAUCUUCGCUUCUCAACAGACUUCAGCUGGAUGAUGAUCUUGAUGGUGAGACCAGAGACCUAUUUGUCACCGUUGAUGAUCCCAAGAAACAUGUCUGUACAAUGGAGACCUACAUCACAUAUAGGGUCACUACAAAGACCAGUCGGAUAGAAUUUGACUUGCCAGAAUAUUCAGUUCGUCGAAGAUACCAGGAUUUUGACUGGCUGAGGAACAAACUGGAAGAAUCCCAGCCUACCCAUCUCAUUCCCCCUCUUCCAGAGAAAUUUGUAGUAAAAGGAGUUGUGGAUCGCUUUUCUGAAGAGUUUGUUGAGACUAGAAGAAAAGCUUUGGAUAAAUUCUUAAAAAGAAUUGCAGAUCAUCCAGUGCUCUCCUUCAAUGAACACUUUAAUGUUUUUCUUACAGCCAAGGAUCUGAAUACCUACAAAAAGCAAGGGAUGGCAUUACUCUCUAAGGUCGGGGAGUCUGUCAAGUAUGUCACUGGAGGCUAUAAGCUGAGAAGUCGACCACUAGAAUUUGCAGCUAUGGGUGAAUACUUAGACAUGUUCGCCCUGAAACUUGGAACCAUUGAUCGAAUAGCUCAGAGGAUCAUCAAGGAAGAAGUAGAAUACCUUGUAGAACUCAGAGAAUAUGGGCCUGUGUAUUCUACGUGGGGUGGACUAGAGGUGGAGCUGGAGGAGCCCCUGGAGGGAGUUUCAGCUUGUAUUGGGAACUGUUGUACUGCUCUGGAAGACCUGACGGAUGACAUGACAGAGGACUUUUUGCCGGUACUUAGGGAGUACAUUUUGUACUCUGAGUCCAUGAAGACUGUAUUAAAGAAGAGAGACCAAGUCCAAGGAGAAUAUGAAGCAAAACUGGAAGCCGUUGCUUUGAAAAAGGAAGAGCGCCCCAAGGUGCCAGCUGAUGUUGAGAAGUGUCAAGAUCGAGUAGAAUGUUUUAACGCUGACCUCAAGGCCGACAUGGAGAGAUGGCAGAACAACAAAAGGCAGGACUUUCGGCAGCUACUCAUGGGAAUGGCUGACAAAAAUAUCCAAUAUUACGAGAAGUGCCUUACGGCGUGGGAGUCGAUUAUACCGCUGCUACAAGAGAAGCAAGAGACCAAAUAAGUUCCUUCCAACAAAGAGACCUUUCUGUCUACACCAGUGCACAAUGCCUCUCACUGGGAAGUCCACUUACUGACUGGCAAAACACCACCUGGUUAGGUGGCAUUUGGAAACCAAUCCACUGAAACAUUUGUGGCUUUUUUUCUUGCUUUCUUUUUUUUUCCUCCUCAGUCCUUGACCCCAUUCUUGUUUCAUAUUAAUAUUUUCUUCCACUGUGUAUUCCUUCUCUAUUUCCUGGUGGGACCCUGAGUGCCUGGUGGAUUCUAUAUGGAUUUCAUCAUCACUUAUUAAAGGAGACAUACUUCCAUCUCUUGAAGGGACUUAUGCAGUAGAAUACGAAGAAGAUUUCAGAGGAAAGGAAAAGUGCCACUGUCCCUGCAUUCUAAUAGGAGAGAAUCUGGCUCCUGCUUUGUGAUCCAGAAAGGAAGGAAGAACUUAGCGCCUGUACACUCCUUCCACAUUUGCAAUGGGAUUUUUUGUGGGUGUUAGCUUGUCCUAGGUAAAAAAAGGUGGUGUUGACAUUUCUGCCUAAAGUGCGUGAAGCAAGCAUGGCCUAAAGCUGUGAAUGUGGCAUGCUGUCUGCUCGUGAUGAGUAGUAUUAUGUAUGUUGUUCCUUUUUGGUGAUAUGAAGUCAAUUUAAAUCAGCUGAAGUGUGUGUGUGUAUACAUAUAUAUGUGUGUAUACAUAAAAUAUGUAUAUAAGCUUAUAUAGGUAUAUGUACAUAUAUGUAUACAUAUAUACACACACGUAUAUACUGAGAGGGUCAGCAAGGAGAUUAGAUUUAUACCAUAGCCUUAUAAAAUUAUUAAUUGAACCUGUUUUUGGCAUUAGAAUCAGCGAUUUGAAAUUGAGUACCAAAUGAAGAAGGUACCAUUAAUGCUCCCUGACAUUCUUUGUAUGUCCUUUUUUUUUUCCUUAUUAAAUGGAAUACUGGUAGUGAAUAAGGAAUACGCAGUGCCCCAAAGCUGAGAUAUUAAAAGUGCUUUUAGGCUGAGGAGCACAUCACAUUCCUCCUGUAUCUGCUUUGUGAAACUUGCCUUUAACACAGCUAAAGAACUAGUAUAAUAUUUUCUACUGUGUAAAUCAAAUGUCAGUGUAGCUUUUGAAGGGUUUCUUAUCUGAGACGGAGAGCUUUUGUUUUCUUAUCCAGUCAGUCUAAAUUUGUAAAAAAACAAACAAAAAUAGUGCAGGUGCUCUCUAUGAAGCACUUGACCUCCAGCCUUUCUCCUUGGUAAGGAAAGGCACUGUUCUUGAGGUCAUGUGCUCAAAAUAGAACCUCUUUUUUUUUUUAAAAAGCUAGCUAAGUUAGCCUUUAGAUAACUUCAAUAGCAACCAGUCCUAAGUAUUCCAAGAUUAGCUUUAAAAACAAAAACAAAAACAAAAAAAUAAAAAUGAGAAGUUCCCUUUCUUAAGAAAAACAGAUCCUUUUUCCAGAUCAGACUUGUACAUCUUUGCAAACUGUAUAUUUUUCUUCCCUUGUUCCUCUAAUGGAUGUGUAUGUUUUCUCUCACCUGUGGUUUUGUCCUUACGAAAUCUAAGACAGGCUUCAAGUUAGCUACAGAAUUUUCAGGAGCUAGAUGCUCUAAAAUAUCACUUUAUAAACAGAAAUUAAUAUUUAAAAUACUGGUCAACAUUUACCAGGUAACAUUUAAAGCAGUUAAUUUAGGUUCAAAACCACUCCUGAAUGACUGUCUGUAGUGUUUGUGUGUCAGAUAAUCUUAAAAUUAAUGUUGUUGGUUCAUCAGUUAAACUGCUUGGUAUGUUUUGGUCCUAUUUUGCUGUGUCUAGUCCUUGUUUUGUCCAAGAAAUCAUGGGAGAAGUUUGUUGUUUUUUUUUUUUUUUUUCAGCCAAAUCUUUGUCUCUUGGUACUGCCUACCCUGAUAGAGCCCCAUUAACAUAAUGCUUAAAUCCUUUGAUGUGAAUUUUUACUUUGGUACAUAGAGUUCUAAACAAUAUUUCUAAGUGAAUGGCACCAUGAAUGGCAAUUCAGCAUAUCAUUCUACCUCUAAAAACCCAUCUUUUUGAUGCCGGGAUUUUGUUAUGUAUCUGGGUCCUAGUUUGUUAGAGUUGAUGUACAUUUCAUAGUGAUACUUGACUCAUCUUCUUUCAUAGAAGUGAGAAUACUUGAGAUUGAUUCAGUGAAAGAAAAAAAAAUCAGUUUUGGAGAAAGCAAGGGCUUUCCUCCAUGGAAGAAGUGCUCUUUAAAAAUUAAGUUCUGUUACUGACUAGGAGGAAGGGACGUUGGAAAAAGAGCUGCAAUAAGAACCAGUAUCUGACCUCCUGCUAUCUUGCCAAAGCAUGACAGUGCCCCUGUGUGAUGUAAUGAUGAGGUAGGGGGUUGGGAGGAGGGCUUCCUCAAAAUUAGUUGUCCCUGGACAGGAAGGAGGGAAAAGCUAUCCUUCCCAAGAUCCUUCCCCCCUCUCAUUUAGCUGAGUGUGGUAACAAGGGACUCUUCUCUGAAGGGAUGUAGCAGUCUUUGGACUCCAGAUUUUUUUCAUUUUGAUUUGGUCACUUUAUAAUGCACAAAAAUGUAACAUUUAUACAUCAGAAUUUAUCAGCUUCAGAAUGCCAAGUAGAGACUAGAGAGAGGCAAGCUUUGCCCUAGCUACCAAGGGCAUGUACCAAUGAAACCACCACCAGCUACUGUGGAAAGAUUUGCUCAGAGAGGCGUCUGUGUCCCUUUGAUUUGGGAAGGAGUUUUCAGUGGUAAAAUGAAUAAGAAAGGCCUAGGAGCAGGGGUGGGGAACCUACCAAGGCCCUAUGUGGCCCUCUAGGUUCUCAAG